AAAGGAAGGCCGCGUAGAAAAGAAGAGCUACAUAAAAUCUUAAAUUUUCUUCGCUGCUACAUUGCUCUUUCCAUCGCAAUCGCACUGCAAGAGGCUACUUCCCGUCGCACCAAGGGCUGCUUCCCAUCGCACCAGGGGCGAGCCCGGCGAGGUCGUCUCCGGCCGGGGUUACCGCGAGUACCGCGGCUACGGGCUACCGCGGCCGGGGAACCAGACCCUCGAUCAGUUCACUGUUGAUCAAAGACAUCUCUUACCGCCUCUGUUCGCCGACUCGCCGUUCCCAAAUCUCACAUUCCCACUUUGCAGCGGGCAGUCCGGGCCUGUCCGGCGUCUUCUCGUCUGGGUCGCAGGAGCCAGAAGCCUUCCGCGAAAAUCACAUCUCCAAUCUCUUACCCAAGUCCUCGGCCGCUCCCAAUCCCAUCCGCUGAUCCGCAGUCGUUUCUAGUUAGGCCUGACAACAAGACGAAUCCACCGAAAUCGAGGCCAGUCGUCCCCGGACCUUAUUUCCACUCGCAAGGUUGGGAUUGGCUGACCGGAACCCUUCCCCUAGCCCGGCUGCUGUCGGGUCUGUUUUGGGUCUGAAAUUGCCACCCUCGCUAACGAAGUUAGGGCAUGCCCUUGACCCCGGUGUGAUUUCGUGAAUUCGAAGCUGAAGUGUGGACAUUAAAAUGGAGAAAAAAGAGAGCGAGAAGACUCAUCCGUCUUCAUCCCCAAAAAAAGAGGUAAGAAGCAACCGUUUGGGGCUCGCUUUAUUUUGACAACCAUCGGCGCUCUUGUUGGUAAUCUUUCUCUCCCAUAUUCGAUCUCUUUUUGGUCUCCAAUUUGAUUUGUAGUUGGUUCGUUUUCUCUCCGAUGAAGCUAUUUUUCCAAAGGACUUUGAGCUUUAUGGCAAUUCAUACAUCAGAUUUGUAACUGCUAAUGAUGGGUUGUUCUUGGAUUUUGCUAUCUAGAUGCAAAAAUGGGUGGCUGAUUGAUGGUUUUAGGAUCUGUUCCGGAUAUUGAAUUCCUCUGGUCUAGAUUUUGGGUUUCUUUGGCUUUUCUUUCUUUGGAUAUUGUUUUGUUGUUUUCUUUGGAAGAAUCUUUAGUUCAUGACCGUUAUUACAUCAGAUUUUCAGUAGCUACUGGAUACCCAGAUUUUAGAGUUUAGCAGUUUAGGUGCUGGAUGGUUGGUUAGAUCGAUGUUUUUAGGUUUUAGUCUUUUUAUUUUUGUUAUUUUAUGGAUUAUGUGAUGAUUUGAUAUAAUCUAUGUGAAUGUUGAGAUUUUUGUGGUUGUGGCACCGGAUCCCUAACUAGUAACAGAUGUUCGAGGGGUUCUAGAUUUUUUGUGGUUGUUUGACAAACAGUUCUAGAUUUGCUGAGAAAUAAUUAUGAAUCUAUAUUUUAAGUUCUUCUGUGGAUCCAGACUGAAUCUGCAGACUAUCUUUUGCUACUAUAGAAGUAUCUAUUUGGUGAAAAAAUGAAAUAUUCAAACUUGAGCCCAUUUGCUUUUUAGUGUGAUCUGUAAUGAGAAGGAUAGAACCUCUGGGAACUCUUCUAGAGGAACGCGGGAAAGCCCUUUUGAUUUUUGACAAAAGGAAGAAACCUCUUCCUACAUUCUGUCUAUUGUUUUCGGGACUGAGGAUCUUUCUAUGGACCAAUAGCACCAGAUAAUGAUGCUGGCAAUUUUUACAAGAUAAUUUGUUUUGAAUUGGUUCAUUUUGUUUCUUGUUCUUCUUUUAUUUACCUGGUUGUUCAUAAACUGUCAUUGGCCAUGUUUACAACUUUGGCUCUAGGUCCUACUUCCUCUAACUUUAUUCUAUUGUUUCUUUACUUAAAGAUUAUCACUACCUGACCUUUUAAAUGGAAGAUGGAGAGGAAAGAAGUACAAUCUUGUGAACCUUUGCUUUUGGGUUGAUGUAGGUUCAUGUUGUUUGGACACUUCUUGGUUUGAUUUAAGAAGGCUUACAGAGUAGUAUGAAGCUAAAAGUGGUAUGUAGGAAAGUGUAUGAUUAUAUUCGCUGUGAUCUGAAGGAAAUUGCUUUCCCUUCUUCUUUGCCUGAUCCCCCGCAUAUCAAAAAACGACGGAAACUGACAUGGAUAGAGCGGUGGUAUGUUUUGAAGGAAGCAUCUAGGCUUUAUGCAGCUAGUUGGGUGCGGGAUAUUGGGCCUGACCUCAGACCGAACGACUAUAAAAAGGAUUCAGGGGAUGAUAGCAAACCUCAUGAGGAGAAGGCUGCAUCUAAAGAAAGAGAACCCUCAACGUUGGAGGAUCUUGCGGUUGCAGCAAGAGGCGGAAUGGAGACCUUAAGGCCUGCACUGCAGCGUGUGUAUAUGACACGUGCCUCUGCGUACAGGGAUGCACUAAAGAGCUUUAUAGAAGGUUAUCAAGAAGGGAUAAAACAAGUCAUGGAAGGGAAAGAUGCUAGGCCUCAACUGCAAGAUGAUGAACCAAAGAAAUCAGUAUGAUCUUUCUUUAUGAGAGGAAAGAGGAACUUUUGUAAGUUAUUCUCUAUGCCAUGUUAUUGACGAAUUUGCAGUAAAUUUUGAAAAGUCACUAAAAUAAAAAAGCAUCUAAUGAUAUGAACUCAAGUGCAAAAAAUUCAUUCUGUAGUUGGGUCUGGGCUCUAGCAUAGUUUAAACAUUGAUUGCCCCCCCUCCACCCUCUCUCUGGCCUUCUAUUUUGUUGGAUAAUAAGGCGAGGACUGUGGUCCUUUUUUUUCUGAUUUAAUUGGCUUUGUGAUUGUAUUUACAGGGUGCUCUUUUUUUGGGUGUA